UCUCUCCCCCCGGCCAAGGCAGCCAUGGCGGCUGAAGGUGCUGUGCAGGAGCUCUGCGAGGAAGCCUCUUGCUCCAUCUGCCUGGACUUCUUCAGGGACCCGGUGACCAUCGCCCAGUGCGGCCACAACUUCUGCCGAGCCUGCCUGACCCAGAGCUGGGGGGAGCGGUCGGGGGCCGCCGAGCUUUUUUGCCCCCAGUGCAGAGGAAGGGCUCAGCCCAACAGCCUCUGCCGCAACCAGAAGCUGGCCACGCUUGUGGCAAUGCUCAAGAAAGGCAGCCCUUCGGCAGCGAAGGGGGGAGAAGGAGAAGGGGGCGUCUGCGAGAAGCACCGGGAGCCCCUGAAGUUUUUCUGCGGGGAGGACGAAGCCUCCCUCUGCGUGGUGUGCAGCAAAUCCCAGAAGCACCGAGGUCACCAGGUGACUCCCUUGGAGAAGGAGGCUGCUGGAGAGAAGGAGAGAGUCGUGGCAGCUAGAACGGCAAGAGUUUGCCAGAAGCACCAGAAGCUGCUGAAGCUCUUCUGCAAGGACCAUGAAGCCCCCAUCUGCGUGGUCUGUGAGCAGUUUCAGGAACACCAAUAUCACGACAUCGUUCCUGCGGAGGAGGCUGCCCAAGAGUACAAGGAUCAGUUCUGCAAUUGUGUGGAGAUUCUGCUGAAGGAGAGAAACAAAAUCCUGGCAUACAAAGCCGAUAUAGUGAAGGAAAGCCAAGACCUGCUCAGGCAAACCAAAGGAGAGCGACAGAAAGCGCUGAUCAAGUUUAGGCAACUACAGAAGUUUCUGGAGGAACAAGAGAAACUUUUGCUGGCCCAGAUGGAAGAGGUGGAGAAGGAGGUGGCAAGGAAGAGGGACCAGCACCUGGCCAGACUCUCUGAGGAACUCUCCUCUCUGGAAAGCCUCAUCCGAGAAAUGGAGACGUGUCAACAGCCAGCCAGCAGUCUCCUGCAGGGUGCCAGAAGGACCUUGCAGAAGUAUGAAGAAAAGGAGCCGUUUGAGAGUCCAGUGGCUUUUCCUCUUGCGCUGAAGUGGCGUAUCUGGGACUUCUUGGAUUUAAAUCCGCUUUUGGAGGCCAUCAAGAAGCAACUCAGAGACACUCUGGAUUCUGGACUUCACCUGCAGAAAGCAAAUGUGACUCUGGAUCCAGACACGGCCCAUUUACAACUCAUCCUGUCUGAGGGUCAGAAAACCGUGAGACAAGGAGAAAAACCUCAAGCUCUGCCCACCAGUCCGGAGAGAUUUGAGAACUAUAGUGCUGUGCUGGGCUGUGAGGGAUUCACAGGAGGCUGCCAUUUCUGGGAAAUCCUUGUGGGAAGUGAGGAAAGAUGGGCUGUGGGGGUGGCCAGAAAGUCUGUGAGGAGGAAGGGAGACCUCCCUUUUACUCCUGAGGAAGGGAUCUGGGCUGUGGGGAAGUGGGCAGGGAUGCACAGGGUUUGUAUAAAAGGACAUUACCCUCCCCUGACUGUGACUGGGGAGCUGAAGAGGAUCCGAGUGUGCCUGAACUAUGCUGGGGGGCGAGUGGCCUUUUUUGAUGCUGACCGAGCAGCCCUUCUCUACGAGUUCUCUGGAGCCUCCUUCCAUGGAGAGACCCUCCUGCCCCACUUUUGGGUGUAUGGAAAAGGCCACCUCAGAAUCUCUUCCUAAGACCUUUUCUUCAACCAGGACCAUCAAGAAGAAAAUAGUAUUUCUCAAGAGUGCCCCUUUUUUGAGUCCUGUAGAGGCCUCUCUUGUCUCCAGUCACCAAAACAGACUGCAGUAAAGUGGAGACAUUUCUCCCCCCCCCCCUCCAUUUCCCAACAUUCCUUUCUCCUCCUUUGUAUCUUAUUCCUUAAAGCAACAGUAACCCCUUUCACAUUGUAAAGGAUAACAGGCUUGUACUACAGGAGAGCUCCAAACAGACCAUCAGGACCCUCUCCAGCCUCCAUUCUCCUCAAGGAUGAGAGGAACCACUGCAGAGGAAGAAGAGGUCCCGCAUGUUUCUAUUAUUAUUCUGGACUUCCUCUUUUCUUUACUGGACACCAUCUGCUAGGAUUUCCCAGUGUUCAGCCUACACUUUCUGACAGACACUGAAGGUCUUGUCGCUAUCCAGGUUCCUGCGUUCACAGCAUUUGUUUUUCAGUUGUACCAGAGACUGAGAAGAUGUUAUGCUUUUUAUGAAGUUAUGUUGUGUUGAAA